UGUCAUGAAUGACAGUCAUCGCCUGGUAGACGCAUCGUUUGUUAUGCUAUGUUCUAAAAUUCUUGUGCCACGUAAUUUUUUCACGGAACCCUUAUUAGUUAAAAAUUAUGGGCAAUUCCAACAGUGUUGAUAUACCCGGCGGUGGCACAGAAGGAUAUCAUGUGUUGAGAGUGCAAGAGAAUUCUCCUGGAAGUGUGGCUGGACUACAAUCAUUUUUUGAUUUUAUAGUAGCAAUUAAUGGAACAAGACUUGAUCAAGACAAUGAUACAUUUAAACAAAUUUUACGAAAUGGAAUUGGUAAAGAGUUGCCACUUACAGUUUAUAGCAGUAAAUCUCAAUCUGUUAGGAGUGUAACAAUUGAACCCAGUGAAACAUGGGGUGGCAUAGGUUUAUUAGGAGUUAGUAUUAGAUUUUGUUCAUUUGAAGGUGCUAAUGAAAACGUUUGGCACAUACUAGAAGUUCAUCCAAGCUCUCCUGCUGAACUUGCUGGUUUGAGAUCUUUCAAUGAUUACAUAAUAGGAGCAGAAUCUGCACUACAUGAAAAUGAAGAUUUAUUUGCACUUGUGGAGACACAUGAAGGGAGAAGUCUGAAAUUAUAUGUAUAUAAUAGUCAAGAAGAUACUUGCAGAGAAGUUACAAUAACCCCAAAUGCUGCUUGGGGUGGUGAAGGCAGUAUUGGCUGUGGGAUUGGUUAUGGAUACUUGCAUAGGAUUCCAAUAAGAGAUAAUAUACCAGAGCCUAAUAAAACGCAUGUCAUAAAUUCGCAGUUGAAGGAUUUACAAUUGGACAAUUUGCCCAAGAAAAUUGACUUACUACCACCACCAAUGAAUCCUAACGUGAAUUUGGAAAACGAAAAUCGUGUUAACACUGUAAUACUACCACCUUCAACAGGCGUAGAAGUUGAAAGGCCCUCUCCAAUCACUGAACCGCCAUCUGUAACUGCGCCUUGUGUAAAUGCUAUUAAUAAUCCAUUAGUUCCAACACAACCCAUAAAUCCUAUAAUUUCGAAUCCACCAUUGAACCCAGUCAUGUCGAGUCCCAUGAUAGAACCAAUGACGUCCAUUGCCCCGACGAUUAAUCAAGAAAUGAUUGUUCCCAAUGAGUUUGUUGUACAAACUCCGACAACACAAAGUAAUGUCAACGAUUUGUGUAAUCAGGAGAUCUUAUCUAAUAACAACCCUCCUGCUGCGAUGCAAAGCAUUCCAAACACUGCUCCUUUCUUCAGCGUACCGCAAGUCGACAAUGUGCACUAUUCUUAUCCCAACUUCAAUCAAAAUAACCCAAUAACCCAACCAUUGCAACAUCAGUUUACAAAUGUUCAACCAACAUAUAUGACAAGUCCAGUGAAUCCCAUGUACACAUCCGCUUCUUAUCCUCAGAACGUCCCACCGACAACUUUCAGCAAUCCUUUAUUAUACGAUCCGGACAUUGCUGCACGUUCAGCGCAACAACUGCUCUCCGGCAAUGCCCAAUACAAACCUAGUUAAGUUGAAUGUUUGCAGUAUAUUGUAAUUUGUAUUAUAAAAUAAACAAUUACAUAUU